AUAAUUUAAUUUUGUUUAGGGUUUUUUACUUUUAUUGGUUCGAGAUUGGCAACGCUUUUAUUUUUGUUUGAAUUUCUAACCAAACCAGAGCCUACUAGUGCCGUGAUAAAUCAAAGAACUUCCUUUCUAUUUUAAUAUCAACAAAAUAAUUACGAAAAUGGAUGAUGUGAGUUUAGCGUCAACCAGCACUGUAUUCGCGAACGAAACCCAGGACUUCGGCCCCCAACGCCUCUCCAAACUUGAGGGCAACGGGAUCACCGCUGCUGACUUAAAAAAGCUCAAAGAUGCCGGUUUUCACAGUAUCGAGUCCUUAGCAUACACCCCGAAGAAGACUCUCGUGGCCAUCAAAGGCAUGUCCGAGGCCAAGAUCGACAAACUCCUCGCCGAAGUAGCGAAAUUCGUCAACAUGGGUUUCACCACAGCCACCGAUAUUUUAAAAAGACGCUCCGAUAUUGUCCAACUGACCACCGGGUCAAAGGAACUCGACAAGUUGCUAGGGGGCGGCAUUGAGACCAGUUCAAUCACGGAAAUUUUCGGCGAAUUCCGAACCGGCAAAAGCCAGAUUUGCCACACUUUGGCUGUGACUUGUCAAUUGCCCGUUGACUGUGGGGGUGGUGAAGGAAAGUGUCUUUUUAUUGACACCGAGGGCACUUUCCGGCCUGAACGAUUGGUGCCGGUGGCGGAGAGGUACAAAAUGGACACACAAAAAGUUUUGGAUAAUGUCUCAUUUGCAAGAGCGCAAAAUACUGACCACCAAACUGAGCUUUUGAUACAUGCGGCUGCGAUGAUGAUGGAGUCAACGUACUCUCUGCUGGUGGUUGAUAGYGCCACAUCUUUGUACAGAACGGAUUAUUCGGGAAGAGGGGAAUUGUCCGCAAGGCAGAAUCAUCUAGCUAGGUUUUUGAGGAUGUUGCUGCGACUUGCUGAUGAGUUUGCAGUUGCCGUCGUAAUAACGAAUCAAGUGGUUGCUCAAGUUGACGGAGCUGCGAUGUUUAACCCCGAUCCCAAGAAACCGAUCGGUGGCAACAUUAUGGCACAYGCUUCUACUACAAGACUAUCCUUGAGGAAAGGUCGAGGAGAGACAAGAGUGUGUAAAAUAUACGAUUCGCCUUGUUUGCCUGAAUCUGAAGCAGUGUUUGCCAUUCUUCCUGAUGGAAUCGGUGAUGCUAAAGAUUGAAUCUCUUGUUUUUGUUUUUAGAAUAAGCAUUAUUUUAAUUCUUUCACAGAUUAUGAGCAGUUGAGUUUUUUAGUUGAGUUGUUGUUUAAUUAUAUAUUUUGAUACGUUUCUUA